UGAUUGGCUACUCACACAUCUUAAUCUAUACUACCGUUUCAUUUAUUUUCGAAGAACUUCAUCAUCCAUGCAGUGGUCGUCAGAUGGACAAACCCAAAAGCUGCUGACCGGCACCCCCAGUACCGAAUACAAAGCUUGCCAGACUUCCGAUAGCUUGGAGACAGGUUCCACGAAAAGCGAGCCGGUGUGGAGCGAGGGAACGGCUGAACGAGCUCGGCAGUGCCUCUUCCUGGUACAGUUCAUGCAACAAAUGGCCUUUGCGGGGAUCAUCGUGGACUCAUACCAAGUAGGUCGACUCUUGGGGGUUUCGCCUGCCUUUUCUGGACUUCUGGUCGGGCUGUUCAUGACAGGUGGUGCAGUGGGAACUUCUGCAAUGACGCUGGUUUUGCAUGUGAUGCCAGAGGCUUGGAAGGAGCUUCGUGGCAUUUUGUUGACAUGUCAAAGUAUGGAUCUCAUAGGAGCUCUGCUCUACACCAUGUUGAUUCACUGGGCUGUGCAUGGAGCACCUGGAGCACCUGGAGCACCUGGAGCACCUGGAGCACCUGGAGCACCUGGGACCCCUGGGAUGGCUGGAAUCUCGGCCAUUGCGCUGGUGCGAUUUCUCUGGGGGCUUGGAAGUGGUGUCACGGGGCAACUCGCAGGAGUGGCCAUCACCAAGAUGACACCUCCGGGUGAACUGCCCGAGCGGAUGCAGUGCUUGCAGUUUUGGCAAACUUUGGGUCUAGGCAUGGGGCCUUUGAUCGUUGGUCUUGCAAUCUUUGCAGAUGGCCUUCCCUUUGCUCCAUCUGUAGGACCAGCCAAAUUGUGUGCAGCCCCUGCGACCCUUGCCACCUUUCAGAUCUUGGUGUUGCUGACGGUGUUCCAGCAUUGCCCUGCUUCUAUCCAAGCUUGGCAGUCUUCCAAUUCCAGCGGUCAGGUGUCGGGCGUGACAUUGAACCCUGAAAAGCAGCCCGCUAGAGUACAAGUGUUGUUUCUGUGCAGUUGCUUCCUGCUCUGUGCACUUCGUGGCUAUGCGGUGGCAGGUGCUGAAGUUGGCACCUCACUUCUGCUUGAAACACCUUACGGUUGGAACCGACAUUCGAUUGGCUUUUUGGUGAGCGGAACGUUCCUGGCCAGCAUCCCCUUGCGCUCGACGUAUCUCAGCAUUCGGGACAGCUUCAGCGUCGUUGCCUGGAUCCGAAUCUUGUCUUUGGUGGCGAUUGGUGGCACAACGCUGGUAUUUUCACGGGUGACGCACAUAGUAUCUGGAGGAGUCAUACUGGUACUGGCGGAUGCGGUGAUGUUCCCCGCUCUGUACUUGGGAGAGGGACUGACCAGGGGCUUGAUGAUGCAGUUCGCGAAGGAGAAUGCCAUAUUCUCGGUGAACCUGUCAUCCUUCCUAGCAAUUGUUCUCAACAAUGUGGCUCGAACCAUUGCUCCGUGGUUAUCAAGGCUCAACCUGUCUGCCGGCGAUGACCCUUCCGAAGGACAAAAUCUCUUUGCCGCCUGUCAACUGACCUGCUGCAUCUUGUUCUUAGGUGUCUUUGAAGCCGGUGUUCGCCAUGUAACCCCAGCAGCUCGCCCAGUGCUUGUGAUCGGACUACCCAGCUUGAAUGAAGCUGAAAAUAUUGAGGCACUGACCAAAGUGGUGGACGAAGGAUGUCAACGCUACUUCCCUCAGCACCGCUGUUUGUUGGUGAAUGCAGAUUGUCAAAGCUCGGACGGCACAGCAGCCAUCUUUGCACAGACGCAAACCCGUUGUGAAAAGGUGUCCCUAAGAACCGCCCUCCCUGCAGAGGGCAAGGGUGCUGCGCUGAAGUUGGUCUUUUCCUGUAUGGUGGAGGUGAAUGCUGCGCAUGGCAUAUGCCUUGACACGGACCUCAAGACCAUGACGCCUGAGUGGAUUCGGGCCUUCAGCCUUGCCUUGCAAUAUGACUUUGCAGUACCACGCUAUCUACGACAUCGGUGUGAUGGUUUUAUCACCAACAUGGUGGUGUACCCGAGCAUCUGUGCCGUUUUUGGCUACGACAUUCGUCAAGCCAUUGGGGGCGACUUUGGUUUCAGCCGUAGGGCAGCAGAGGCGUUUCUGGCACAAACAUGGCCUGCGAAGGUGAAGAAAUACGGCAUUGAUAUCUUCAUGACAACGACGGUGCUCAAGCGCGGAUAUUCGAUGGUUGAAGUGGAGCUGCCACCCAAAAUCCACAGCCCAAACUUGCCAAAAAUCAAGAACAUGCUCCCCGAGGUGGUUGGAAUUCUCUUAAGCCAGUUGGACUGUGAGACUUUCCACAUGGACUUGCGCCAUUUACCACGAAUCCCGUGGCACAGUGACAAACCGAUGACUAUUCCGGAGGUCAAGGUGGAUCCUGCGAUCUUUGUAAACCUCGCGGAGCUUUGUUUCAAGGAGCAUCAGCAGUGCAUCUUGGCGCACGCCCCAGCUGCGCUGGAUCUCCCUGCAGCUUUGGCCUCCCCAACAACGACGAUGGAUGCGGCGACGUGGGUGCAGCUGCUCCAUUGGGCGCUGACGACGGACACGGAGAGGGAGGCGGUGGUGAGGAUUCUGAGCUGUUGCUUCUUCCUGCGGUCUGCACGGCAUUGUGCGGAUGUGCAAGAGAUAACCAACGAAGAGGCCGAAAGUCUGGUGCUGGCGCAAAGGGAUGCGCUGCGAUACGUUGCGAUGAAAUCCUGUGGCUGAGACAAGAAGAUGUCACUGGAAAACGGCCUGAAGUCUGAAGUGAAGAGAAUUUGUGAACUUUUGGGCUUUGACCUUUUGGGAAAAAGGACAAUUUGAAGUUCAACCG